AUGAAGAAGUUUCAGUCGUACUUCACACCCACAACGGCCGCGGAUGAGGAAAAGAAGAAGCCGGCGAGCAAUGAGACGCCGCAGGUAGCAGGAGCCCGGACCCGCCGGUCGGGCUCCAAGGCGUCGACACACCAGCUCCAGCCGAUGCGGCAGGGGAAAGCAUCGGGACCAGCCGCUGCCGCAGCACCAUUACAACCACCAUCCACCACCUCGGGCCGCCUCUCCCCACAGACCAGCCCGACCUCGGCCGGCGCCAGCAUGCUCUCCGUGCCGGGCGUCGUCGCCGCGGCCCAGCACACGACGGCUACCUCGACGGCCAAAAACAGCCCCAACACGUCCCGGGCCCCGUCGCUGCGGCACUCGUUCCUGCCGGCCCACGACGCGCGCAGCCGCGACUCGGACACCAUCAACGAGAUCCGCAACGACAUGAUGGUCAACUGGCUGCACGAGCAGCAGCUGCGCAAGCAGUACGCCUCCGGGCUGGACCCGUACGAAGGGGUCGUCCUGAAGAAGGCCCGCGGCAACUUCACCUGCUGCCCGCCGCAGAUGGCCGCCAUCCCGGACUCGCUUUUUGCGGUCGUCGCCCAGAUGAACGUGCGCUGCGCCAUGACGGUCAACACGCCCGUCGUCAGGGCGCUGCUGGAUUCGAUCGUCACCAAGACGGAGUUGGAUUAUGUGCCGCUGCCGGACGGGCUGCGGGUGCAGGUGCUGAGGACCAUGGCAGACCUGCCGCGCGGCCAGCUGCACCAUUUCGCGGCAUUUGUGGAGGAUGUGAGGAUGUUGAUUGUAUGGGACGACGAGCCGGAGAAGUUGCUUGCGAGGGUGCAGACGCUGGAGUCGAGGUUCGUCGAGAUCAUCUGGGGGAACGGCGACGAGGAGGCCGAGGAGGAUGAUGGUGCUGGCGAGAAGAAGAGUGCGGGCGCCGCAGUGCACGAGGUCGAUCCCGGCCAGCUCGAGGAGGCGCUUGCCAAGGAGAAUCGGCCCGUCAGGCUCGAGAGCGCCUUCAUGGUGGCCCUCACGCUGGCGCUGUGGAUUGUUUGUCCCGCCUUGGGCUGGAGGGCGUUGGUGUUUCAGAGUACGGUGGACGGCACGUACCUGAGGUUCGCGCUUCUGGCUGCGACGCCGGCGCAGAUGUUUGUCAGCUUGUUCUUCUUCCAGUCCAUCAUCACCUGUCUGUUCCAGAUGUUUGGCCCCAUCUCGGCCGUCAACAACAACAGCAAGUACUACAGCGGCAGGGCGCCUCGCCGGCUCGACCGCACCCAGGGGACGCUUCCGCACGUCACCAUCCAGAUGCCCGUGUACCGGGAGGGCCUCAACGCCGUCAUCAAGCCGACCGUCGUCUCGCUCAAGGCGGCCAUCAGCACCUAUGAGAUGCAGGGCGGCACGGCAAACAUUUUUGUCAAUGACGACGGCAUGCAGCUCAUGUCGGACGAGGACGCCCAGGCCCGCCGUGACUUCUACGACGAGCACAACAUCGGCUGGGUCGCCCGCCCCAAGCACAACCCCAAGCCGGCGGCCGACUCGGGCGAGAAGCAGUUCCUCCGCCGCGGAAAAUUCAAGAAAGCCAGCAACAUGAACUACGCGCUGCACAUCAGCAACCGCGUCGAGGAGAAGCUGGCGGCCGUCAAGCGCGGCAGCAAGUGGAGCAACGAGCGGGAGAAUUCGGCUUACCAGCAGUGCCUGGCCGACGUGCUGCAGGAGGACGAGGGUCGGACCUGGGCCGAGGGCAACAUUCGCAUUGGUGACUAUAUCCUGCUCAUCGAUUCGGAUACGCGCGUGCCGCACGACUGUUUGCUGGAUGCCGUCAGCGAGAUGGAGCAGAGCCCGGAGGUGGCCAUCUUGCAGUUCCAGUCGGACGUGAUGAAUGUUACCAAGUCCUUCUUUGAGAAUGGCGUCACCUGGUUCACCCGCCUCAUCUACUCGUGCAUCACCUUCGCCGUCGCGUCGGGCGACGCCUGCCCCUUCGUCGGCCACAACGCUAUCCUCCGGUGGCAGGCCAUCCAGGACGCGGCCGCCUUCACGGACGAAGACGGGUACGAAAAGUACUGGUCCGAGUCGCAUGUGUCCGAGGACUUCGACAUGUCGCUGCGCCUGCAGGUCGCUGGGUACACGCUCCGCUACGCCUCGUACACGGGCCCCGGCUUCAAGGAGGGCGUCAGCCUGACCGUCUACGACGAGCUCGCCCGGUGGGAGAAGUACGCCUACGGGUGCAACGAGCUGCUGUUCCACCCGCUGCGCUUCUGGCUCGUGCGGGGGCCGUUCACGCCGCUGUUCAAGCGCUUUAUCGGGUCCAGCAUUCCGCUGCCCAAGAAGAUGACCAUCCUCGCGUACAUUGGCACCUACUAUGCCAUUGCCGCGGCCUGGUGUCUGACGCUGGCCAACUACUUCAUCACGGGCUGGUUCUAUGGCCUGUACGACAAAUUCUACCUCGACUCGUUCGCCAUUUAUAUCUCCAUCAUUGUCGUGUUUACCGCGCUGGGUAACCUGGCGCUGGCGGUGCUGCGGUACCGGCUGAGCGAGCAGUCGCUUCUGUCAGCCUACUUUGAGAACCUCAAAUGGAUCCCCAUGUUUGCCAUCUUUCUCGGCGGCAUCUCGCUGCACAUGUCACAGGCCAUCUUGUCGCACUUUUUCGAGAUCGACAUGGCCUGGGGCGCGACCGCGAAGGAGCUCGAGGAGGUACGCUUCGGGCCCGAGAUUCUGCGUAUUAUCCGCCGCUUCAAGUGGACCUUCCUCUACUGCUUCGCCUGCACCGCGCUGAUGAUCUGCGGCAACACCAUCUUCCCGGUCGAGUGGCGCAUCAACACCUUUUACAGCAUCUACCCGCUGGCGGCGACCGUUGUGUCGCACUUUGCGCUGCCCGUUUUGCUGAACCCGGCUCUGAUGAUGUUUACUUGGUAG